GCAGAAAACGAGAGUACAGAGAGAUAGCCGCUCAUAGUGACAGGAGGGUCAGAGAGAGGCAAUGCAAGAAAGAGCUGGGGAAGAGAGUGGAACUGAGAGUGGAAAAAAAUUUAGGAAUGACACUAAAGCUGGGAUGGUGAUGGAGAAAUCAGGGCUGCAAAGACCGCUGUCUGCUUGCCAAGGCUAGAUAGAAACAUCAGGAAGCAACAGUAAGGGAAACAAGCAGAGAGUAAGGGUGAAAAUUGUGUGAUUUGUGCAGAUGAUGUCAAGUGGUGCUGGCUUAGAUCAGUAUGUAGAUUGUGUUUAUGUGUGUGUGAGUGAAGCUGAUAGUCUACACUACGAGUACUGCCAGGAAAACGCGCCUAGUGUAUUAUGAGAGAUCAAGAAGACGGUUUUGUGUGUGUAUGUGUGUGUGUGCAGGGCAGAGUGUUUUUUUUUAAUGGUGAACAAAAGGGCUAGGUGUUGUGUGUCUGUGAGUCUGUGUGUAUUUAGAUGCUAAACCAAUAAAAGAUAUCACUUUUGUAUGCCAGAGCCAUCCAGAGACAAGACACAAGUAAAGAUCUCCAAUUUUGCACCAUUAACCUAGUUGCUCCCACCUAGUAACUGCCACCUGAGAACUUCAGACCCAACAAAGAAAAGCACAAAUAAAUUUAGACUAAAGCAGAUGAGGAGGAACCAUGGGUGCACGUGUCUUCUUGAGCCACCAAAGGGACUACUUCUAGGAGCGGAGCAUCUCUGUUGCUGUUGACUACCUCAAAGAGAGGUCGUGCGGACUGUUGGGUAUCUUCAGAGGUCGACGUGAAGGAUUCUUGGGUGUCCGAGUACAGUGAACCCUGCAUGCAUUCAGCACCCAACCAUGGGAGAGUGGACCAUUCUAGAGCGCCUCCUAGAGGCUGCUGUGCAGCAGCACUCUACAAUGAUCGGAAGGAUUCUGCUGACGGUGGUGGUGAUAUUCCGUAUCCUAAUUGUCGCCAUUGUAGGCGAGACAGUGUACGAGGACGAGCAGACCAUGUUUAUCUGCAACACCCUCCAACCGGGAUGCAACCAGGCCUGCUACGACAAGGCCUUUCCCAUCUCUCACAUCCGAUACUGGGUCUUCCAGAUCAUUCUUGUUUGCACACCCAGCCUUUGCUUCAUCACCUAUUCAGUGCACCAGUCAGCCAAACAGCGGGACCGCCGCUACUCUUUCCUCUACCCAAUUAUGGAGAGGGACUACAGCCGUGAGGGAGCUCGCAAACUGCGCAACAUCAACGGCAUCUUGGUGCAGCACCCUGACAGUGGCGGGGGAAAGGAUGAACCUGAUUGCUUAGAGGUGAAGGAGAUCCCAAAUGCACCAAGAGGCCUCCUUCAUGGCAAGAGCUCCAAGGUACGCCGACAAGAGGGCAUCUCUCGCUUCUAUAUAAUCCAGGUAGUUUUCCGCAAUGCACUGGAAAUAGGCUUUUUGGCAGGGCAGUACUUUCUUUACGGCUUCAGUGUUCCAGGCAUCUUCGAGUGUGACCGCUACCCUUGCCUGAAGGAAGUGGAGUGCUAUGUAUCACGACCCACUGAGAAGACCGUGUUCCUGGUGUUUAUGUUUGCGGUGAGUGGCAUCUGUGUUGUGCUUAACCUCGCCGAGCUCAACCACCUGGGCUGGAGGAAAAUCAAGGCGGCCAUUCGAGGAGUGCAAGCCCGCAGGAAGUCCAUCUGUGAGAUCCGCAAAAAGGACAUGGCCCACCUGUCACAGCCCCCAAACCUGGGCAGGACCCAGUCUAGUGAGUCUGCGUAUGUCUGAUGUCCAUUUAUCCAAAUAUGGUAUGUGGAGUGGAAUGGAGGGUGGAAUGCUGGAAUGACUUACCUUGCUUGUAAUAAUUGAUGAGGAUGGGCUCUACAUAGGCACAUCUCUUUCCCACAAGCCACUCCCUCCCUCUUUAUGCCAUGUUACAAUGUGUAAGGAAGUUUGCACAGUGUUGGGGUUCUGCAAGAGCAUGUGGAGGCGAAGCUGAGAAGAGGAAUUUUUCAGUUCCACUCUGGAAAUUCUCAAACUGGAUACAAGAAUCGGUGGAAGGGCGAGGAGUGGAAGGGACAACUCUGGGAGGUGAUGUAAGUUUAAUGCAGAAUGUUAAGGAAAUGACAACAUCUGGGAUUGUUUUCCUUCUGUUCUUACUCUCAGAUCCUGAGAAAAGAGGAUAGCAUCACAAGAACCUUUAACUAUUCUGAAUCGUUGUUGCUGAGUGGGUGCUAGAAGAAGCAUACUGUUUUGGUUUGCUCUCCUGGCAGCGAAUCAGUCUAAAGCAAACAAAAGGGGGAUAUAAACAUUGUAACAGCAGUGGCACCUUCACUUUGUACACAUGAUUGAACAAACUAAUCUCUCUCUCCUUAUAGUAGAAUUUGAAAUGACAUGAAAGACUAUUACUAAACCUCUGGAGAAAGCCUGCCCUUCCACAAAGACCCCCACUGUUACGUGUUCCAGUCGAGCAUUCCUCCCUCUUGUGGUGUAUGAAAGUGUUUAUAUGUAUGUAUGUGACCAAAUUUGAAAGAAUUUCCAGAUCCCAGAUUCCUUUUUGUUCAUUUUAUGAUUACAUGUCUUUCGCAAAUGUUGGUGCCAUCCAUUUAAAUGAAUUAUUUGUUUCAGAUUGUUGUAUAUAACUUGACAUGUAGUUAAAAGAUUAUUACAAAGUUAGAUGAUUUAUCUUUACUGGGAAAAGGAGCCAGAAUAAAGGGUUUUUCAAAGGUUGAAAAGAUUUUCCAUGCAUCAAGAUUGUUUAUUUAAGAUAUUUUGUAUAAGAUGACAUUGAAUUUUUAUCAGCACAAAAGGUUGGUGUGAAGGUAUCUUUUAAAAGGCAUGUUUACAAAGCUCUACCUAUCGAAUGAAUGAAAUGUGGUGUUCAGCGUGCGUUUACAUAAAAAGGAACAAUUCAGUUUUUAUUAGCUUUUUUCUUCUCGUCACGUAUUUAUGGGCAUGCCAUUAUAAUAAAAGAAGAAGCUUCGAAAAAAUACAUGUAUACGUUGCACUUUGUGAGACGGGAAGUGUGGAUAAGAGAAGGAACUCACUCUGGGAAGGACUUUAGUGGUUAGAAAGGGAGCCUUUUGGAUUAUUCCACCCUAAAUCAGAUCUAUGACAAGUAUAUAUAGGGUCGUAUACAUAUGUGUGCCGCUGUGAUCCCCUGUGUGCCUUUGUUUACACAGUGUGGGAUAAAGCAGUGUGUAACUUCUCUCACAAACACACAAAACACUAAGUUGUUCAUUCAGACAAUAUUAGCACUAGCUUAUUAGCUUAAACCCACUUAAUAAAGUACUUGUGCCUAAACUGCCCUGACUCCACUCUGCACAUGCACAUAAAACAACAGUAUAGACAAAACACAGCACAACUAAUGCGGACAGGCUCGCUGAUAUACCGCAGUACCUGUCAGGGAAUAUACAGAGAGGGGUGACGUGGUAAGGAACAUUUCAAAACCCAGCAACACAAUGUGUCCUGACUACACAAAGAGUUUUGCAGGAAAGUGUUUGUUUAGGUUUAGUCUGACAUGAACUGCAGUUUCUGAAUCAAACCAGAAGUCAGUGUAAGGAAGGAUAUUGUCAUUCACACCUACAUUGAAACAUUAUGAUAGAUGGUAAAUGAGGCCUCCCUAGCAUGUUGCAUUUGUUUUAUUGCAAUUUAAAACAAGUCAUAAAGAAACCGUAAAACCACCUAAACACUUCGUCAAAAUUAACACUCGGCAAGCAGCAAAUGCAAGUAUAAACUGGAUUUGGCUAAUCUAUAAAAAAGCUAAUCACCAAUUGGUGGGUAACUUUAUUAGGAACUGCAAAAAUACUGCAAUUAAAUGACCAUAAUCUGACCCUAGCUGAUGUAUGUGAUGUGAGCGAUAAAAGUCACACAAAUCGUAAGCCACCAAAGAGAAAAUAUGAGGAACAAAAUUAUAUGUUUUUGUGAAAGAUGCAGUUUCACCAAGAAAUGGAGGCUGUCUCAUCUCAUAUACAGUAUGAUGUGGUGAAAUACACAAAAUGCAAGGAAAAAAUAGCAAAGUAUUUCCAUUGUCAU